UCGACGUUUUACACACAAUCAUAACUUUCUCAUUUCCUCUCAUAUGGGAAGCACUGGUUCAAAAGCUGCUCAGAAAUUACCAAGGCGUCCGGAAGUUCCUUUAUGGAAUGUACCACGACCAGGAGCACUACCAUCGAAGGAUGGACACAGGCAAAGGCCACUUGCUAGUGAAAAGAAGGACGAGAUGAUUACCGAAGACGCAAAGGACCCAGAUUUUAUGGCGAAUCUGACUCGCCUUGGCCCUGUGAAGGUCAACCAAUCUUCGCAAGUUGUACGAACCGCGAAUGUCGAAAAAUCACGUCAGCUCUUGAAAAGCCGUAUACGUGCAGACCAGGAAGCUUCCGCUGUUCGGAAUCGGGUGUCCGCAUCCACUCUUAGCUUUUUGUUGGAUCAGCGCAAGUCGGCCAAAACGAUAGGGGACGUGGAAGCUCUGAUAAGCAAAUAUGGGAUCGACUGGGCGAAGACUAUUGGAAAGGACGGAGAGGAAAAUGUGACCGUACUGGCCGUCUGGGUUGAGCCGUCUCUAUCUUCAUGAGGAUUAUGUAGUAAAAUAGACCAUGAC